AUGGGCGAGAUCAGCCAAGAGGCCGUGGAGAAAUACCUGGAGGACAACCCUCAGUUUGCCAAGGAGUACUUCGCCAAGAGGCUGGCGGAAGCCCCCGGCCCGAGCGGGGCGCUGUCGCCGGCGGAUGAGUGGGCCCUGUGCGCCGAGCUGCUGCGGGCGGUGCAGGAGGAGGCCCGCGGCGCCGAGCCCGCGGUGCACGGGGCCCUGCAGAAGUUGGCGCAGCUGCUGCAGGCCGACCGCUGCAGCCUGUUCGCCUGCCGGGCUCGCAACGGCACGCCUGAGGUGGCCUCCCGGCUGUUCGACGUCACCCCCACCUCCAGGUUUGAGGACAACCUGGUGGGCCCCGACAGAGAAGUCGUGUUCCCGUUGGAAAUUGGGAUAGUGGGUUGGGUUGCUCACACGAAGAAAGCCGUUAAUGUCCCAGACGUGCACAAGAACAGCCAUUUUUCUGACUUCAUGGACAAACAAACCGGCUAUGUCACAAAGAACCUGCUGGCAACACCAAUCAUGAUAGGCAAGGAGGUUCUUGCUGUGGUUAUGGCAGUUAACAAAGUAAAUGCAUCUGAAUUUUCCAAAGAGGACGAGGAGGUCUUUUCCAAAUACCUCAGCUUUGUUUCUGUCAUCCUAAAACUUCAUCACACCCAGUACCUGUACAGUAUUGAAUCCCGGAGAAGCCAGAUCCUUAUGUGGUCCGCCAAUAAAGUAUUUGAAGAGCUCACAGAUGUUGAGCGGCAAUUUCACAAAGCACUCUACACAAUUAGAACAUAUCUGAACUGUGAACGCUACUCCAUUGGACUGCUGGACAUGACCAAGGAGAAGGAAUUCUAUGAUGAGUGGCCAAUCAAACUUGGAGAAGUCGAGCCUUAUAAAGGUCCAAAGACACCAGAUGGCAGAGAAGUCAUCUUUUAUAAAAUCAUCGAUUACAUUUUACAUGGAAAAGAAGAGAUCAAAGUGAUCCCGACACCUCCUGCAGACCACUGGACUCUCGUUAGUGGGUUGCCGACCUAUGUUGCUGAAAAUGGAUUUAUAUGUAACAUGCUGAACGCCCCCGCAGAUGAGUACUUCACCUUUCAGAAAGGACCUGUAGAUGAAACUGGCUGGGUCAUUAAAAAUGUCUUAUCCCUGCCUAUUGUCAACAAGAAAGAAGAUAUUGUGGGAGUAGCUACAUUUUACAACAGGAAAGAUGGAAAACCUUUUGAUGAAUAUGAUGAACACAUUACUGAGACUCUCACACAAUUUCUUGGAUGGUCUCUUUUAAAUACUGACACCUAUGAUAAAAUGAAUAAGCUAGAAAACAGAAAGGAUAUAGCUCAGGAAAUGCUCAUGAGCCAGACCAAAGCUACUCCUGAUGAAGUCAAGUCUAUUCUGAAAAUUAAAGAGAAGUUAAAUAUAGAUGUAAUUGAAGACUGUGAAGAAAAACAACUUGUCACAAUUUUGAAAGAGGACUUGCCAGACCCACAGACGGUGGACCUGUACGAAUUCCGCUUCAGUGACUUCCCCAUCACAGAGCACGAAUUGAUUAGGUGUGGGCUGCGACUCUUCUUUGAAAUAAACGUGGUGGAGAAAUUCAAAGUACCCGUAGAGGUUCUUACCAGGUGGAUGUACACCGUGAGAAAAGGGUACCGGUCCAUCACUUACCACAACUGGAGGCACGGGUUCAACGUGGGGCAGACCAUGUUUACCUUGCUGAUGACAGGUAGACUAAAGAAAUACUAUACGGAUCUUGAAGCCUUUGCCAUGCUCGCUGCUGCUUUCUGCCAUGACAUUGACCACAGAGGCACCAAUAAUUUGUAUCAGAUGAAAUCCACAUCUCCAUUAGCAAAGCUUCAUGGAUCUUCCAUUCUGGAGAGGCACCACCUGGAGUACAGUAAGACUCUACUGCAGGAUGAGAGUUUAAACAUCUUCCAGAACCUAAAUAAACGCCAGUUUGAAACAGUUAUUCAUUUGUUUGAAGUUGCAAUAAUAGCAACUGACCUGGCUUUAUACUUCAAGAAGAGAACCAUGUUUCAAAAAAUUGUUGAUGCCUGUGAAAAAAUGGAAACCGAGGAAGAGGCCGUCAAAUAUGUAACCAUUGAUCCAACCAAAAAAGAGGUUAUAAUGGCAAUGAUGAUGACUGCAUGUGAUCUGUCAGCUAUAACCAAACCCUGGGAGGUACAAAGUCAGGUGGCACUUCUGGUUGCAAAUGAAUUUUGGGAACAAGGAGAUCUGGAGAGGACUGUGCUGCAGCAACAGCCUAUUCCUAUGAUGGACAGAAACAAAAAAGACGAACUACCCAAACUUCAAGUUGGAUUUAUUGAUUUUGUUUGUACUUUUGUAUACAAGGAGUUCUCACGGUUUCACAAAGAAAUCACACCAAUGCUGACUGGUCUUCAGAACAACAGAGUAGAAUGGAAAUCCCUAGCUGAUGAAUACGAUGCAAAGAUGAAGGUAAUUGAAGAGGAGACAAAAAAGCAGGAAGAAGGAAACAUGGCUGCAAAAGCCACAGAAGAUUCAGGAGGUGGCAGUGAUGACAAAAAGUCCAAAACAUGUCUAAUGUUGUAAUAUAA